AAAAAACGAAAAGGAAAUCAUCUGCGCCCCGUCGCGAUUCGCACCCAUCAUCAUCAUCAGGCGAGAGACCGCACCGCCGAGAAAAACCCUUCCGAUACCCUUCGUGUCCUCGGAGCUCCGGCUCCAUUGACGGAGCUCCAGCUCGGUUCGCCGGCCCAUCGCCCGCCGCCGGAAAGGAUCGCCGAGAUCUCCCUCCCUCCCGUUCUCCGGUUCCCCGAUUCCGAACCCCCGCUCUCGAAUUCCAUCUCCAGAUCUCGAGCCGCGAGAAUGUCCAAACCCUGGGGCAACAUCGGCGCCUGGGCCGCCGAGGCCGAGCAAGCCGAGGCCGAGGAGCGCGAGGCCGCGGCGGCGGAGGCGGCGGCGGCCCCCGCGAGGGCCGAGCCACAGAACUACCCCAGCCUCAGGGAGUCCGUCAGCGCCAAGCCGAAGAAGAAGAAGAUGUCGGUGCCGCUGAAUGCGUUCAUCACCGGCAGCUCCGUCGGCUCCGGCGGUUCCGGCGCCGGAGGCGGGGGUGGUUACAAGGGGUUGACCCACGACGAAAUGAUGCGCCUGCCCACGGGCCCCAAGGAGCGCUCCGCGGAGGAGAUGCAGUACGGCCGGCUCGGGGGCGGGUUCUCUUCGUAUGGGAGGUCCGGUGCGCCGCCGAACCGGAACCGCGAGGAUGGGGAUACUUCCUGGGGCGGCGGCGGCGGGGGCAGUGGGGGCGGUCGGAGAUCCUACGGUGGCUUCGAGGAUGAUCGCCACGGGCCUCCGCCUUCUAGGGUUUCGGAAUUUGACCAGCCAUCUCGUGCUGAUGAGGUUGAUAAUUGGGCAAUGACGAAGAAAUCUCUGCCUUCGCUCGAUUCCACGAGGCAAACCAGGUAUGAUUCUCUUGGAGGUGGCUCUAGAGCUGAUGACGUUGAUAAUUGGGCAGCGGGGAAGAAGCCGCAACCACCACCUCCUUCGAGAUCCUUCGGCUCGGGUUUCCGUGAUUCUGGGACGGAGCCUGACCGCUGGAACAGAGGUGGUGGAGGAGGGGGAUUUAACACAGAGCGCCCUAAAUUGGUGUUGGAUCCGCCUAAGGGUGAUUCGGUGGGAAAUGAAGUGGCGAAAUCUUCUAGGGCGAGUCCGUUCGGAGCAGCCCGGCCGCGAGAGGAAGUCUUGGCUGAGAAGGGUUUAGAUUACAGGAAGCUGGAAUCAGAAAUUGAGGCCAAGAAGACAAGCAGACCCACAAGUGCACACUCAAGCAGGCCAUCGAGUGCGCAGUCGAGCCGGUCUGAGAGUCAAGUGCUGCAGGGUAUUGAGAAUGUGGCCAGGCCAAGGCCAAAAGUUAAUCCUUUUGGAGAGGCCAAGCCUAGGGAAGUGUUGCUAGAGCAGAAAGGGAUGGACUGGCGCAAACUUGAUUUUGAGUUGGAGCAUCGCAGUGUUGAUAGGCCUCAGACAGAGCAGGAAAAGAUGCUGAAGGACGAGAUAGAGAACUUGAAGAAAGAAAGGGAGAAGGAACCUGCUCAUGAAGCAAACAAUGAACAUUCCCAAGGAUCUGAAGGAGACCAACCCAGUUUGAGUGAUGCAAUAUCACUGAAGGAAAGGCAACUGGAAGCUUUGACCCGUGAUUUGGACGAUAAAGUUCGAUUUGGGCAGAAAUCUGUUGAUAGGCCUGGUUCUGGUUAUGGCAGGUCCGGUAGCUUUUCUGAGAGGCCACCUUCACGGUCUGGGUCAAUUGAUGAGUCUCGUAGUAUGGAUUACAACGAUCGUCCUCCAUCCCGUGGCAUGGGAGAUGGAUGGUCCAGGGGUGGGAACGAGAGAAGACCAUUUCAAGGUGGCAGGGAUAGAGGAUUUUUGGCCAGUAGAGACUCCGACAGGUCAAGGUCGAGGGAGAGAUGGUGAACAGAGCUGUUGGACUUUCUGGGUUUCUCGACUUUUGACAACUUGAAGCAGAUACUGUUUUGCUUCUUUGCUUUUUUCGCAUUGAUAUCUAAACUUUCGUCUGGUUACUAGGACAGGAAUUGUUUAAUGCUGCGGAAGACAGAUGCAUUUUUUGGAUUCUAAUUCUCAUUUUUGCCUGUGUUGAGGACACUGUAUUCUCUGGUAAAUGAAGUCUGUGGAAGUCUAUUAUGUGACCGAUUUUUACACAGUAGUCUGAUUGUAGCUUGCCGAGGGGACUGGCAAUUUAUAUUCGACAAUCCUUUCAUCGCUAAA